UGCCACAAAUCCUGGUCGUCGAACCCUAAUCCUCCUCUUAUCCCGUUUCUUUCCUGAUUCUGCCAGACUCUUGGAGGAGCGAGACGUGAUAAUGGGAAAGAGAGCGGAGGAGCUCGAUAUCGAUAAUCUAUUGGAUGAGAUUCCCCAUCUUCGUCAUCGUGGUGUCCUCGAUAGACCCGACGGUGCCGGUUUCAUCAUCGCCGAUGAGCAGCCGACGUCGGUCCUCCAUGGGGGUGGCGGCGGGUGUAUCUGGUCUGAGGGGGUUCCGAGCUCGUUAGCGGAGCGUUCGCUUCCGUUGGAGGAGACCCUCCUGCUCCAGAACCUUCGCAAUGUCCGUCUCGGCGCCGACCGAAACGGACCGAUCGAUCGUUCCCUGCCCCAUGCCAACCAUCACCGAGUCGGUUGUUUGUUUGGGUCUUCGCUCGACUCUUUUGGACGGGAUUCUUUGGUAAAUGCGAAUGGGAACGCGUCUCUGCCUCAAAUCCGGCAGCGUUAUCCUGGAGUUGUAAACUUGUUUGGGAAUCCCUCUUUUGGAACAAGAGAGUUGAAAAUUGGUCAAGUUUCGCGACCAAAUACCCCUUUCCAGGGAAACGAUUCUGGCAAUUUUAGUCAAUCUGAGAAUGGGUCUUAUCCAAUAUCUGAUAUGUUAUUUCACUCACAGAUGAUUAGAGGAGAACCUUUCUUGGUUUCUGGCGAUCAGCUAGUGACAAUGGCACGGAAGAUCUCUAAGGGAGGCUCAAUUCCUCGGCAAUUGGGGGGGCUUCAUUCCCCAAGGAACCAAAGGAUUGUUCAGGGAACCAUUACAAAGUGUCUCAGCUUUAUGAGUAAAGAACAAAUAUAUUGCCUUGCUAAAGACCAGCACGGAUGCCGGUUAUUGCAGCAGCAGCUUGAUGAAGGAAAGGAUCAGGUUGAUACAAUUUUCAAUGGCAUCAUUGAACGUGCAGUCGAUCUCAUGGUCGAUCCCUCCGCAAACUAUCUCAUGCAGAAACUACUCGGAAAAUGCAGUGAAGAACAGAAGAUGGCGAUCCUGCUCAUGCUUAGCAAAGAUCCUGCUAAUCUUAUAGCAAUCUCCCUCAACACUCAUGGAACAAGGACAGUGCAGAAAUUAAUAGAGACAGUGAAAACUAAGCAACAUAUUUCGUUGGUUAUAUCAACCCUUAGACUUGGGUUUCUCGAUCUCAUUAAGGACUUAAAUGGCAGUCAUGUCCUUCAACGUUGCUUGGAGAGUUUCACAGCUGAAGACAAUAAGUUCAUUUUCGAUGGUGCUGUAAUCUACUGUGUCGACAUUGCUACUCAUCGACAUGGAUGUUGUGUAUUACAAAAAUGUAUACGAGAGUUCACUGGCAAACAUCAGGAAAAAUUGGUAGCAGCGAUCGCUGCUAAUGGCUUUAAACUUGCUCAAGAUCCCUACGGAAACUACGUAGUCCAGGCGAUUCUUGAAUUGGAGAAGCCCUUUGCAAAUGCUAUUCUGGCAUCUCAAUUUCAAGGGAAAUACGUGGAACUCUCCACGCAAAAGUACAGCAGCAAUGUGGUGGAGAGUUGCUUCUUGCACUUCCCCAAAGACUUUCCGGCCACCAUUAUAAGUGAAUUCCUUGCUGUUCCUCACUUCGGCCAGUUCCUGCAGCACCCGUAUGCCAACUAUCCGAUCCAACGAGCUCUCGAAUAUUCAAAGGGUCAGCCUCGAAUGGCACUAGAGAAAGCCAUUCGUCCUUUGGCAGCAACCCUGAAAACCAACCCUCACUGCAGGCAGAUAUUCUCCAAACUGCUAUCCAAGAAGUUUGUAUGAUGAAAACCAACCCUUCACUUCGAGGACGGAGGAGUUUUUGUUGUACAAUUAGCCACAAACUAAACGUAAUUUAGUUAUGGUAUCUUUUCUUAUUUAUCUUUUUAACUUCUCCGGUUCUAGCUAGCGUUCUGUUGUCAUUAUGUCCCUGUCCAAUUUCGCCCACCCUACAAAUUUUGUUGUACAGUGCAAUAGUUAGCAUUAAGAACAGCUAGAAAGUUUGUUUUUUUUUUUCCCUAGUUCCAGCAGGAUUUUCUGUGUGCU